AUUGCUCCCCUACCCUAAAAUCAAGCGCCGAUCGCUUAACCCCAACACCAACCUUUGACACUAUUCCUCCCUCGGACUUUGCGGAUGCAGCGCUCCUAGAAGAAACGAAGAAAACCACUCCUCUCUCUAUAGAUCCCUCUUUCACCACUCGACUAUCGCAAGUGAGAUCGCCCAGGCCCUGGAGUUCGCUUCUUACCAUGGACCCGGGACAGCCACCACCCGAAGAUCCGGUAGCACCUCACACAGCUUCUCCACCCAAACGGCAGCGAGCUGACUCGGGGAGCUCAACGUCAAUCGAGUCAAGUCGUUCUGUACGCACUCUGACGUCCGACGACCUGGAAUACAUCCAUGAAAAUGGCCGUACUUAUGGUAACGAGACGUAUUACCUACCAUGUGUCUACCUGCCUGAGAAUGACUUCAAGGAGCAAGACCGUUUAUCUCUUCAACACCAGAUAUUCGUCCAUGCCUUGCAGGGAAAACUGACAACUACACGGCUCCUGCUCUCCACACGAAGAAUACUUGAUAUAGGGACAGGGCCGGGCCAUUGGGCUGUUGCAAUGGCGCGUCAGUAUCCACAAGCAGAAGUCGUCGGUAUUGACAUGACGGAGUGGGACCUGGACACCACGGAGGCCACAUUUGGCGACUGCAGAGUGACCUGGGAACUAGAUGAUUUGGAUGUGUGGGGCAGGGAGACAGUGGUCGACGAUCUUGCCGCUCGACUGGCGCAGUACGACUUCUUCACGGAAACCACGCAUCGAAAUCCCAUUGAAUCGCCGACGAGAAGUGAGCUCAAUCACCCACAUACCCAUCCAGACACCUCAGUCGAGUCCUUGACCAUUGACCUUUCCAAUCUCGAACCGCAGCCCGAACCAGGGUGGCAUUUCAGCGACGAAUUCGAUCUGAUACACCUACGCAACAUGAAAGGCAGCUUCGCACACUGGGAAGAUGUCUAUGCGGAAAUCUACAAGAGUUUAUCGCCCGGUGGCUGGAUCGAGAUUGCCGACUACGACUUGGGACAAGUACCUCUCCCCGCCGACAAUCACGAUCCAUCAGCGCUCCCCAUGCCCACCCUUCGUAAGCUCUACAAGGCGCUCAUGGAAGCAUCGUUUAAAUCAGGGCGACCGCUCGGCACCUUUUACAUGCACCCUUCCUACCUCGAAGAAGCAGGCUUUACUGAUAUAAAAACGAUGCACGUCAACGUGCCGAUCGGCCAAUGGGCAGACGACGAAGCGCAAAGAACAAUCGGAAAGCUAAUGCUCGUAGUCGUCAUGGAGACGUUCGAAGCGAGCUUGCUGCGGCUGUUGACGAAGUGGGGUGACAGGGAGAGGGUGUGGACUGCUGAAGAGCUCAAAGCAGAAAUUGCCGUCGCGCAGCAGGAGGUUGGAGAUUGGUGUGUGAAAGCCGAGAGGCGGGAGGUGGAAGGCUGGUGUGCGAGUUUCAAGUGGAUUACUGGGCGAAAGAGUUGGCAUGCUAUUUAAGGGCUGGCGGUUUCGCGUUGUACGUCUUAUAAGGGGCGAUUGUUUUGCAUUGCACAUCUACCAGGA